AUGCGCAUUAGUUUCUGCCAGGGCCUGUUAACUGGUGCCAUCAUCCUCAACCUCCUUAUUUUGUACUAUGUAUCUCGGGCCCAGCAGCAGAUGAUGGAGAAGAGGAAGGAUUUUGGCAGGGGCACAAAAAGGGUUGCUCUGCCGGCCUCUGGUCUCGGGGGCGGUUUAGGGGUAAACGGUGGGGCAGGAGCAAACGGAGGGAUCGGAGUGGAGGGUCACAGUCGAGGCCCGCGGGUGACCGUUCUUCUUCGGGAGUUUGAGAAUUUUGAGAAUUAUGUGGUAGACGUGGCUAACUCCUUCCUUCAUCAUCGACCGGAGCUUCCUUUUCUGGCCGUGGCUGACCUGUCCCCGUACCCUCCCCUGGUGCUUCCCGAGGGCGCUCGGCUCCUGGUGCUCUCCCCGAGCCCGGACCAGCCGCCUCAGGCUCACAGGCCGGAGUUUCACGUGCAGACGGAGUUUGUGCUGCUGGUGCCCGACGGGGUGGAGCUGGAGCAGCCCCGGGUCGUUGAGAGACUCAUCAAAGAGUUGGAGGGUGAGGGCGGGGGCCCCGUGAGGCUGGUGGCUGCGCCUGUGCUCGUGCGAUCGGCCGUUCAGUGCCUCCAUUUGCGCGUGAACCUGCGGGAGUGGACGGCCACCUACUCGCCGGCGGCGUCGGGGAGCAGCGGGAGCGUGUGCACGGCGCUGCAGGGCGACGCCGUCGUGCUCGUCCGCACCGAGGACCUUUUCAAUCUCUCCGUCCCUCUGGGCCGGCCGCUCUUCUCGGCGCUUUUCGUCCAGACCGCCCUGAGGGGUUGGAAGGUCAAGCUUCUGGAAAGCCCCUGCUUCUCCGCGGGCCACCGCCCGCUUUUCAGCUCCGCCCACAACCAGUGGAAGGCCGACACCCGGCUGAAGGAGGCCACGGGGAAGCUGAUGAGGAGCUUCGGCCUGAAGCGCAUCCUGCUGCCCGAGGGCAAGGAGCAGUGGUACGGCUGCGGCAAAGAGACGCCGCGGUGCUUCGGCACGGUGCAAGAGGACACUCCAGACUAUCUUUACCUGGACCGCUGGACGCCUCCCUGCUGUCUGCGAGCGCUGAGGGAGACCACCAAGUACGUCAUCAACAUCCUGGAGAGCUCCGGCGUUCGCUACUGGCUGGAGGGAGGCUCUCUGCUGGGCGCCAUCCGCCAUCAAGACAUCAUCCCGUGGGAUUACGACGUGGACCUGGGCAUCUACCUGGACGACAUACCCAACUGUGACCACUUGAAAAACCUGGACGCGGGCUCUCUCGUGGACGCCAACGGCUACGUGUGGGAGCGGGCGGUGGAGGGCGACUUUUACAGAGUCCAGUACAGCGAGGCCAACCACCUGCACGUCGACCUUUGGCCUUUCUAUUCCCGUAACGGCGUGAUGACCAAAGACACGUGGACAGAGCACAAGCAAGACGUGGAGUUCCCCGAACACUUCCUGCAGCCGCUGGUGCCCAUGCCUUUUGCCGGCAUCAGCGCCUACGGCCCCAACAACCACAGGGCCUUCCUAGAGCUGAAGUUUGGAGAAGGGGUGAUAGAAAACCCUCAGUACCCCAACCCCGCUAAGAAGAGGCUAGACAGGGGGAAAUUCUGA